AUGCAAAUCGGAGCAAGAGGCCUUAGGGGAAAUGUUCGCCGGCUCAAGGCGCUCCUUCAAUCCAAGUUUGGUGGUCGGAGACGGCCGGAAACUGCGAAAUCGCCGGAAAAACCAAAAUUGCACCCGGAGGAGAAUUUGCUUCGAAUCGAGGUUUUUCGGCCAAAUUGUCGAAAGCCCAGGAGAUACCUUGUCAUUAAGAAUGGGAACCUACCGAAUGGGCUUGAAUGUCUUCCUGAUAGUUUACGAAUUCUUGAAUGGACCGGGUAUCCCUCAAAAUCUCUCCCAUCGCAUUUCAACCCUGAGAAGCUACUAGAACUUAAUAUGUGCCAUAGUUGCAUUGAACAUUUUCCGUUGGAAAUAGAGCCUUUAUACAAUUUGAAAACCGUUAAACUCAGCAACUCUUUGAAUCUUGUCAACACCCGAAACUUUAAAGGUAUGCCACAUCUUGAGCUUCUGUUUCUUGAAGGUUGUACAAGAUUGUAUGAGGUUGACCCAGGAAUUGAAGUGCUUGAAAAACUUACUGUGCUGAAGUUGAAAGAUUGCAAGAAUCUUGUGCAUUUUGCAAGCCGUGUACGUGGCUUAAAAUCUCUCAAAGUUCUUAAUCUUUCUGGAUGCUCAAAGCUUAAGAAACUACCAAAUGACAUGGGUCAUUUAGAAAGUUUGGUCGAGGUUGAUGCGAGUGGAACUUCUAUACAAGAACUACCUUGCUCUAUUGGCAUGCUUGAAGGACUUGUUUCCAUGUCCUUGAGAGAUUGCAAACAUCUUGUGUGUCUUCCAGGCAGUGUAGGUGGCUUAAAAUCUCUCAAAGAUUCAAAGAUCUCAAUCUUUCUGGUUGCUCAAAGCUUGAUAAAUUGCCAGAUGAGCUGGGUCUGGUUACCUGUUUAGAGAAGUUUGAUGCGAGUGGAAGUGGCAUAAGAGAAGUGCCAUCCUCUAUUGGUCUUUUGAAAAACCUCAAAGAAUUAUCUCUUGCUGGAUGUAAAGGUGAGCCAUCUAAAUCAUGGAAUAUGAUAUUCAACCCUUUUCAGUUAUUGCAAAAGAGAAGUCACGUUCCGGCAGGAUUGUCGUUGCCUAGUUUGUCUGGUUUGCAUUCAUUAACCGAACUGGAUCUAAGUGACUGCAAUCUUUCUGAAGAAGCAAUCCCCAGUGAUUUUGGAUGCUUGUCCUCGUUAAGAGAGCUAGAUUUGAGCAAAAAUCAAUUUGUUAGACUACCUGAGAGCAUCGGCCAACUCACUAGACUUGAAUUUCUUCACUUGGAUUGGUGCCGCAAGCUUCAGACUUUGCCAGAGCUUCCAAUUGAUUCAUGGGCAAACAUCAGCAACUGCAUUUCAUUAGACACGUUGUCCAAUCAAAUAGGAAAAGUGAUGAGUGUUAACUGUUUUAAAAUGGUGGAGAAUGAAAGUUGUAAGAGAACAGCACUUUCAUUGCUAACACGCUACCUGAAGUUUCAACAUUGGACUUCCGGAUUUACCCAUGAUUUUUUACUUCAUUGCUCCCGGAGAUGAAAUUCCAGAGUGGUACAAUCACCAAAGUGUGGGGUCCUCGAUAACUGUAGAGCUGCAU